GUGGCGGUGACGGACCUGACGCAAGACCUGCAGAUGAUCGCAGGCGACUCGUGCAUCAGUGCGUUCCAGAAGUCAGCAGCAUGAAGGUGUCGGCCAGGGUGCGCGGAGAGUGGCUCCAGAUCCCUUGCAAGGAUGGUAAAGUGAGCAUCAGUUGGCUCGGAGGAGAGGCCAUCAGACGCUUCCAGAAGCUGCAGGGGCCAAACUCGAAUCUGAAAGUUGGCGAGGAGCAAAUCCAGGAGGUGCGCAAAACCAAAGGUGGCGCCAUCUUGGACCCUGACGACCUCGUCAAGGACGUGCUUGACGACAACGAUUUCGUCUCCAUCAUUUUGUCAUCCGACAGGACGACCCAAGUCACGGAUAAUUCCGAAUUGGCCAAGAAUUUGGAGGAGUACAAUUCUCUGAAUGGGAAAUACGAACCACCUGAAGAGUAUCUGUUCCUGGACGGAAACAGCCUGUCCACCGACGACUUGGUCCAACUUGGGAAAUGUCGCUACAAAAUCAAACUCACAAACGAAUCAGAGCAGAAUGUUACCAAGUCUCGCAACCUGAUCGAGAAAAUCCUUCAAGAGAACAAAGUUGUUUACGGAAUCACCACCGGCUUUGGAAAUUUCGCUCGGACCACUAUAUCCGUGGACAAACUUGAGGAGUUGCAGUACAACCUGAUCAGGUCGCACUCGGCCGGGGUAGGACGACCUUUGUCCUCGGAGAAGACAAGAAUGCUUUUGGCGCUGAGGAUCAACGUCCUGGCCAAAGGGUACAGCGGAAUUUCGCUGCCCACCCUGAAGCACAUCAUCGAAGCGUUCAACGCUUCCUGUUUGUCGUAUGUUCCGGAGCAAGGGUCUGUGGGUGCGAGUGGGGACUUGGCACCCCUGGCCCACUUGGCCCUCGGAUUAAUUGGCGAGGGCAAAAUGUGGAGCCCUGAAACCGGCUGGGGUGAUGCCAAAAAUGUUCUCGAGGCUCACGGGUUGACUCCGAUCCGGCUGUCGGCGAAGGAAGGCAUCGCCCUGAUCAACGGGACGCAGCUGAUCACGUCCCUGGGCGCCGAGGCCGUCGAACGCUCCUCCCUGAUCGCCCGGCAGGCCGACGUGGUCGCCGCCCUGACCCUGGAGGUCCUCAAGGGCACGUCCAGGGCCUUCGACUCGGACGUGCAGAUGAUCCGGCCGCACAAGGGCCAGAUCGCCGUGGCCAAGAGGCUCAGGGCACUUCUGCACUCGGAGACGUACCCUUCGCAGAUCGCAGAAAGCCACCGUUUCUGCAACAGGGUUCAGGACGCGUACACCCUGAGGUGUUGUCCUCAAGUUCACGGAAUUUCGCACGACACUAUCGAGUUCGUCCAAUCCGUCAUCACCACCGAAAUGAACAGCGCCACCGAUAAUCCGAUCGUCUUCGCGAAUCGAGGUGAAAUUAUUUCCGCCGGAAACUUCCACGGCGAAUAUCCGGCGAAGGUUCUCGACUACUUAGCAAUUGGCGUCCACGAACUGGCCUCGAUGAGUGAGCGGAGGAUUGAGCGACUCGUCAAUCCAGCACUGAGUGAGCUUCCGGCGUUUUUGGUCAAGGACGGGGGACUGAAUUCUGGAUUCAUGCUUGCACAUUGCACGGCAGCAUCUCUGGUUUCUGAAAACAAAGUGCUUUGCCACCCAUCAUCUGUGGACUCAUUGAGCACAAGUGCUGGCACUGAAGAUCACGUUUCCAUGGGCUGUUUUGCUGCCAGAAAGUCUCUCUCUGUAGUGGAAAAUGUGGAGCACGUGAUUGCGAUUGAACUUCUUGCUGCCUGCCAGGCCAUUGAAUUUCUGCGUCCGUUGAAGACGACCGUCCCCUUGGAGGAGGUUUACAAACUCGUCCGUUCCGUCGCUAGACCCUGGGAUAAGGACCGCUUCAUGGCGCCGGACAUCGAAGCAGUCACCGAUCUGCUGAAGAGCGGAAAAAUUUGGUCUGUGGUUCGACACCACGUUGAUUUCUAUCACGCGCCUCAGGAAAUUGAGACACGUGUAUUCAGUCCAACUGCAGUGAUGGUUGGAGGGCUGCAGAGAGAAAAGGCCAGGGUGAGAGCAGGCUCUGCCAAAAAAAGGAAGGCCAACGACAACGGCCAAUGAAAAUUUUAAAUGGAAAUAUGGUUUUAAUUAAGGACCCUUUCACAAGAAUUAAUGAUUAUGUUCGUCGAAAUAUUGCUGUCAAAUUUCUCAUAUAUUAUGUUCGAUUCACUGUUUGGUGGUGGAAUGAUUUAUCAUUGAUUGCAGUUUUAAUAAAAAUUUUAAACAAAAUAUCAUAAUUUAAAAGCUC